CACCAUCCGACAAUCAAACAGCGACCUUUUGCUUGGAACCCCACUGUAUUUUGGCUGCCGCCCAUAUCCUUCAAGUGAGUCUAACUGGUUCCGCUCCUAUAAUAAAUGGUGAACUAAAUGCCUUUCUUUUUAUGUUCGUACAGGAUGUCAAUCGAGAAUUAGAUCCAUGCACCGACUUUUACGCCUAUACAUGUAUAUCGUGUCACUGAGUACUUUUUACGUUACACGUGUUUUGACUGACCCAUGAAUUUCAUAGGCGAUGGAUGGAUGGAAAAUCAUUUACUGCCAGAUACCAUGUCGAAGCUCGACACGCAAUGCGCCAUCAUCGAAAGCAACAAGAAGCGAGCCCAUCAAAUUCUUCCUCGUCUUGAUCGAAUCCUGGAUGAACAAUUAUUUACAAAGUUGACCGCAUUUUAUGGUUCAUGCAUGAACGAAGACGUGAUUGAACGACGCGGUAUCCAACCUCUUUACGAUCUAUUUCACCAAGUGCGUCGUUUCCUUCCGCUCAGUUACUACGCUUCCAAUGAACCUUUAUUCACGACGUCCGAUUCCUCCAUGGUGCAAGGCUUGAGUCAAGCCGUCAGUUACCUGGGGCAGCAUCACAUUUGGGCCCUCUUUGAGAUGCAAAUCGGUCCGGACCCUGAAAUUCCUAGCGUGCCAAGCAUUACAUUGUGGCAAGGCGAAGUAGGCUUACCUUCGCGUGAAUAUUAUGACGACACCGAUGUGUUUUCAACCUAUAUGCAAGUGGUCACGGAAAUUCUGGAAAUCGUUUUUAGCAAAGACAACGGUCAAUUUGGAUGGAAAUCGUCCAGUCCCGUGGCCACUGCCCGACGCAUUUUGGAAUUCGAGAAAAAACUGGCCCAAGUCACCUAUCGCUCAGACACGGACAAGAUCCAACGAUGGACGCUGCAAGAGUUGCAUCAAGCCGCGCCCAAUCUCAACUGGACAUUGUACGUGGAAUCCAUGUUACCCCAUGGCAGUCCGCUGCCCGAUCAUAUCCUUGUACCGGUGCCCCAGUUUGUCAGAGAUCUGUCAGAUGAAGUUUUACGUGGCACGAAUGUCCGAACGCUUCAAAUGUACUUGAUAUGGCGCACCAUAUGGAAGUACCUCGAUACCUUGGGUGAAGAGUUUGUCGCCCCUAAACGCAAAUUGGAAGCCAAACUCGGCGGCAUCGAAUCGCGCGCGAAACCUCCUCGUUGGGAAACUUGUCUGAAUCACGUGGAUCGGUCAUUGGGAUUUUUGCUUGGGCGUUAUUUCGUGAUUGAUCAAUUGGAUCCCGAUUCCAAAGAAAGAGCAGACGAUGUCAUGGUGCGUAUCAUGAACACCUUUGUUGAUCGCUUGGACGACUUGGAUUGGUUACAGGAUGAUGCAACCAAAGCACAGAUGGUGAAAAAGUUGCGAGACAUGGAUCGACAAGUAGGAUAUCCAAUUUCACAACCGGAUCUGCGGUCCACCAUUUCCGUGGCGGAGUAUUAUUCGGAAGUGAUUAUUGAUGAAACGGAUUUUAUGGCCAAUGUCAUGAGUGCCAAUCAAUGGAAAGUCAAACGAAUGUGGAACCAGUUACGGCAUCCUGUGGAUCGUGAUCUGUGGAAAAUGAACCCUCAAAAUGUCUAUGCAACCUAUGACUCCAUGCUUAACAAGGUGGUGUUGCCAGCUGGAGCACUUCAACAGCCAUUAUUUGAUGCGCGAGGUCCUGGCUACUUGAAUUACGGAGCUUUGGGUAGCAUGAUUGGUCAUGAAUUACUUCAUGGAUUUGAUCAAGAAGGACGCCGUUUUGAUAGCCGCGGGAUUGCUGGACACUGGUGGUCCAAUGAGACGAUGGCGCGCUUUGACUCACGUGCGACGUGCUUUGUACAACAGUACUCCAAAUUUGAAAUUCAAGGACCGCAUGGCGAGACCUAUCAGGUGGACGGAAAGCGCACACUCGCCAAUAACUUGGCAGACAAUGGUGGAAUUCAGUUGGCCUACUCCGCUUGGGAGAAACAAAUGAAUGAAAGCGAUGGAAAGCAUGGUGAAAAGGUUUUACUUCCUGGUCUGGGACAUUGGACACCAGAGCAGCUAUUCUACAUUAAUUUUGGACGCACACGGUGUCGAAAGAGUACACCAGAGCAUGAUGUUCGUGAGUUGCGCACCAAAACCACUUCACCCAAUCGGUUCCGGGUCAACGGCCCCUUGAUGAAUUCACCUCAUUUUGCGAAAACGUUUAAAUGUGCAGCUGGCACGCCCAUGAACCCUCAUCAUAAAUGCAUCCUGUGGGCAUAAUGAAAUCAGUUUAUUAACUUGCUAAUAUAUACCUUUACAUUUCGAAUUACUCAAAAGAAGAAAGAACCAGUGAUUUUUUAAAAGACGGAUGAUCGUCGUUUUUUACAGAGCAUUUUUUUUUUUCGGGAUGUGAGUGUGAUUGAAACGCCGCAGAAACGGUUGCCUUUUUUAUGAACCAUUGUUUCUCAUAUUUAUUUUUACUGCUAUUUUUUUUUUU